AUGGGACUACAAGAUAUUCCCCAGCCCAGCCAUGGCACGUCAGAUAGCGAAGAGCGCAUGAAUCUCUUGAAUAAUGAUACAUAUACCAAUAUUGAUGGCGAUGACCCUCUUCCCGAUGUCAAUGAUUAUGCUGAGACCACCCCUCAGGCACCCCAAGUCCAGCCUGGAGUACAGAGCAUUGAGGCUGUGACUGUAGCAUGGACUAGCGGUGCGCUAAUCUUUGCAUACGUGAUGAUCUGGCUCACAUACUUUGUCGAAGGGAUGUUACUUGCUACCACGAGUGUCCUAACUCCCUAUGUAACCUCCGCUUUUGCCUUACACUCCUUGACACCAACCGUCGGGAUUCUCAGCAGCGUCAUAGGGGGUGUCACUAAUCUUACCUUGGCCAAGGUCCUAGACGUGUUUGGCCGCCCUCAGGGGUACCUCUUCUGCAUUAUAUUUGCUACGGCAGGGCUUGUCAUGAUGGCAAUGUGCAGCAAUGUCCAGGCAUAUGCCUCCGCACAAGUCUUUCAGACAGUGGGAAAUAAUGGAAUACUCUAUAGCCUAACAGUGUUCGUAGCCGACACUUCCUCGUUACGCAACCGUGGUCUGAUGCAAGCAAUUGUCAGCUCGCCAAAUCUUAUUACAUGUUGGUUGGCUGGUCCGAUAUCUUCCAGCUUCCUCGCUGGUCCCGGUUGGAGAUGGGCUUUCGGCAUGUUUGCCAUACUUGUGCCGCUGAUUACUCUUCCCCUCUUCCAGCUCCUGUUGAUCAACUACCUAAAAGCCAAGAAGAUGGGUCUGGUCUCGCAAAGUGACGGGAGUAACAGGGAUCACCAAACCUUGCUCCAGUCGCUUGUCUACUACUCCAAGCAGUUCGAUGCCAUUGGAAUUAUCCUCCUGUCUACUGGGGUUGCCCUUUUCUUACUACCAUUCAAUCUCUAUUCACUUCAAGGCUGGGGCUCGCCUCUAGUGGUUUCGAUGUUACUUGCUGGGGGGAUACUGAUUGUUAGUUUCGUCGUGUGGGAGCGGCUUUAUGCUCCCAUGACGUUUCUCCCUUACGCUCUCUUACUAGACCGAACAGUGCUAGGCUCCUGCAUUCUCUCAGCUACGUUAUUCGUGAGCUUCUGGUGCUGGAAUAGCUUCUUUAGUUCCUAUCUGCAGGUUGUUAAUAACCUCAGUGUCGAGAAUGCGAGCUAUGUUGUGCAGACGUACACUGUAUGCUCAGUUUUAUCUGCCAUUGCGGUCGGUAGCAUGAUCCAUCACACGGGACGUUUCAAACCAGUGUGCCUUUACAUUGGGAUUCCGCUCAGCGUGUUGGGGUCCGGGUUGAUGAUAUACUACUGCAAGAUCGACAGCAGCGUUGGCUACAUAAUCAUGUGCCAAAUCUUCAUUUCCAUAGCUGCUGGCACGAUUAUGAUCUGUGACGAGGUUGCAAUUCUAGCAGCUGCGUCACAUCAACACGUUGCUGUUUGUAUCGCCGUGUUAGGAAUGUUUGGAAAUGUUGGCGGUGCGGUGGGCCUAACAGUGGCUUCUGCUAUCUGGCAGAGUGUUUUCCCCCGGAAGCUGGCAGAGUAUCUUCCGACCCAGGAGCUUUCCAGGCUGCCUGAGAUCUACCAAAAUCUUUCAACACAGCUGUCGUAUCCUGUUGGGUCUGCCACACGCCUCGCUAUUCAGCAUGCAUACCGUGACGCUCAGAUAAGCAUGCUGGUCGUUAGCACCGCAGUUUGGGUUGUCGGGUUCUUCUCCGUUCUGGUCUGGAGGGACAUCAACGUAAUCGGAGUUAAACAAAACAAGGGGCAUGUGUGGUAA